CAGCACGCAAUCUUCUAUUGCCCCAAGCAAGUCAUUUGUACGAGCUUUUCGUAAAUUUCCAAUCACCAUGUAUUUGGCAUUCUGUCAACCUCCUUCCACGAGAGCGACAUCUUCAGAAGCUUCCAUAUACACCCACAUGUCCCUUUAUAUGGUGUUAGCUACUUUUAAGUCAUUUUGAGUGAAUUGUAAAUUUAAAAGGCAAAUUACGGUAUAAUGAUACUGGUUUAUGAAUGAUCCAUUUUUAAGUAGUUUUAUCUCAUAAUGAAUGACAAAUGACAAAGUAAUAGAUUCAGACAACUUCCAUAUUGUGCUAAUGACAAAACAGGGGAGCAUGUAUCAUCAUGUAUUGACCAAAUACUAUUGACCCAAAUAGGAAACUGAUCAAUGACAGAUAAGGACUGACACAAAUAUUAAUGAAUAGUUGAUGUAUUUCCAUUGUAUGGAUGGUAAUAAAAGAAAAAAUAAUGUGUGAUGAGAAUUAAAGAAAAGUGUGGACAUUUAUUGGACAAGACAAAAAUACAAAGUGUAGCUAAUUUAAAGGAAUAGAGGAACUAGUUUAUUAGCCUUUUCAUGUAACUCAACCUUUAGAAACCUAACUUUGCAUAUUGAUUAGGCUCAUCAAAUUAUAUGCACUUGUUAUAUAGUGAAGCUACCAAGGGUCAAUCGAAAACAACCCUUUCGUCAUUAAUAACAGGAUAAAGUUGCUUACUGUAAGAUCGUCCUAAAAGCCCAAGUAAUAGCCCUAAAAAUACUUGGAUCAUUUCGAUUCAUUUGAAUUUGAACUUUAUUUUAUAGAACAUUUUUUGUAUGAGAUCGUCUCUCAGAAAGAAAGGUCCAUACAAGGAGUCUAAAUUUAAAAAACUUAAACUAUUCUAAACAAUUAGAGUGAGUAUUUAAAAUACUAAAAUAGAUGUUUUAUCCAAUUUAGUUGGACUAUUUACUCCUAUUUUAAAUUCCCGCAUUGUAAUAACGUUUUAACAGAAAAUACGUGUAUAUUUUAUGUAUCAAAGUGAUAAAGCUAUUGUAUCAUUUUCUGUAGUAUCGUUUUCUCAUUUCAAUUAAUAGCCCUAAAAUUGUGAUUCAACCAAAUAAUAAAAGCAGUUAACAAACUCACACUCUUUAUACGUAGUCAUACCAUACAUCCUUUCAACCUAAUGUCUACCAAUUUAUACUAGCAACCUUUUUUUCCCCUUUAAAAUCCCAUUUUUCAAUUUAUUUUCCAAUGCUCGUAAACUCGAAAAAAAAUGGGAACCGAUGUAUCAAACCAAGUCCCCUUAGAAGAAGAAAUAAUUUUCCGAAGCAGGUUUAGUCCGGUUCCUAUACCAGACAAUCUUAGCUUACCGGAUUUUGUGCUACAAGACGCAGAGUUAUACUCUGACAAUGUAGCAUUUGUCGAUGCAUCAACCGGGAAAAAGUAUACGUAUGGACAAGUAGCAAAGGACACAAAUAGGUUUGCUAGGGCCUUAAGAUCACUUGGCUUAAGGAAAGGGCAUGUUGUUAUAGUUGUCCUUCCAAAUGUACCAGAAUAUGGUAUAGUUGCUUUAGGCAUUAUGGCAGCUGGUGGUGUAUUUUCUGGUGCAAAUCCUGCAGCACAUGCUUCAGAAAUAAGCACACAAGCUGAGGCAGCUGAUGCUAAGCUUAUUGUCACAAUUGGUACCAUAUAUGACAAGGUAAAGGAUAUAAGCCUACCAAAAAUCAUCCUAGGAGAAGAAAAAAUACAAGAAAAUGCAGGAGCAAUCUAUUGGGAAGAACUUCUAAUUGCAGCAGACAAAACAAACAUAAACUUAAUCUCAGAACCAAUUCAGCAAACUGAUCUUUGUGCACUUCCAUUUUCAUCAGGAACAACAGGAUUAUCAAAGGGAGUUAUGCUAACACAUAGAAACAUAGUAGCAAAUCUAUGUUCAACCCUUUUUAGUGUAUCCCCUGAAAUGAUAGGAAAAGUUACUAUUUUAGGACUUAUGCCCUUCUUUCAUAUAUAUGGGAUUGCUGGAAUAUGUUGUUCUACCCUUAGAAAUAAGGGUAAGGUGGUUGUUAUGGGAAGGUAUGAAUUAAGGACAUUUUUACAUGCCCUUAUAAGUCAUGAGAUUAAUUUUGCACCAAUUGUUCCACCAAUUAUUUUGGCUUUGGUUAAAAAUCCUAUUGUGGAUGAGUUUGAUCUUACUAAGCUUAAACUUAAAGCUAUUAUGACUGCUGCUGCUCCUUUAGCUCCUGAAAUUCUUAACUCUUUUGAGAAAAAAUUCCCUGGUGUUCAAGUACAAGAGGCAUAUGGAUUGACAGAGCAUAGUUGCAUAACACUAACACAUGCUGCACCAAGUGAAGAUCAUGGUGGAACUGCCAAGAGGAAUUCAGUAGGGUUCAUCCUACCAAAUAUAGAGGUUAAAUUCAUUGAUCCUGAUACAUCUCGAUCCCUACCUAAGAAUACGCCUGGUGAAAUUUGUGUAAGAAGCCAAUGUGUCAUGCAAGGUUACUAUAAGAAUGAUGAAGCAACUCACCAAACUGUGGAUAAAUAUGGGUGGCUUCAUACGGGAGAUAUUGGAUAUAUUGAUGAUGAUGGAGAUAUUUUUAUUGUGGAUCGCAUCAAAGAAUUGAUUAAAUUCAAAGGCUUUCAAGUUGCUCCUGCAGAAUUAGAAGCUAUCCUUCUCUCGCACCCUUCAAUUGAAGAUGGAGCUGUUAUCCCGCUGCCAGAUGAAGAUGCAGGAGAAGUACCAGCAGCAUGUGUAGUAAUAAAUAAAAAUGCUAAAGAAACUGAAGAAGAUAUAAUGAAUUAUGUUGCAUCAAAUGUGUCCAGUUAUAAGAGAUUAAGAUCUGUUUAUUUCAUGGAAUCAAUCCCAAAAUCUCCAUCUGGCAAAAUCAUGAGGAGGAUUCUCAAGGAUAAAAUCACUCAGAUGAUCAAGGCUGAUGUGAAACAAGUUUAAUAUUAUGCACAAUAAUAACAAUUUUACUCCUUUUUUUCAAGUAUUGUAAUUGAUAUUAGUGUUUUUUUAAAUAAAAAAGUUGAAUUCUUUGUUGUAUUACUCCAUAAUGUAAGGUAUGCUAAUUUCAUAAACACAAAUUCUUUUGA